GGCGGAACCGGGAACACACGGUGUCUUCGUCGAUCGCGGCGCACACGUUACCGAACCGCGCGGCCACUCGAAUCUCGCUGCUCGCGGCUCCCGUCUGACAGUACGACGCGACGACGUAGUUAUAAUUUAUUAUACACGCGAUAUUUAAUAUAAUAUACUUAAUUCAGGUUUUAUUUCUUUUUAUUUUUCAUCAUAGUUAUUAUUCACSCGCACGUAAAUCGAACAGUUUUUUUGCGUUACGUAAAUAAUUCGUUUUUUGGUUUCGAUUUUUUAUACAAAUAUUGUAAUAUAUUUACACCGCAGUGAUGAUUAAAUUUAAUUGACCAUAGUCUCCACACGUGGAAAUCCAAUAAAUAUAAUUUACAACAAACCUUUAUAUUAGUAUAGGUACUCAUCACAUCGAAUUAUAACGUCGUUCUGUGCGUGGGUUUGUUUUUUUUUUAACUUCAACAUAGUUCCUUCAAGCAUGUUACAAGGCAUUACAAGAUCCGAACAAUCGGGCUUACUGCCUCAUCAUCACCACCAUCACCACCAUCACCAUCACCAAUCGUUGACCGCCCACCAUGGGAUCGGUACGGGAUCAGCGUGGCCGCCUAACCAUCACGACGAUCUCGCACACAAAGUUGGUAACACUGCUGAUUACGAUGGUAGGAUUAUUGCAACGCGUGAAUUAGACUUGGGACACAGUGGUGUUAAUCAGCUUGGUGGAGUGUUCGUUGGUGGUAGACCGUUACCAGACUCGACGCGACAGAAAAUCGUCGAACUAGCCCAUUCCGGAGCCAGACCCUGUGACAUAUCGAGAAUCCUACAGGUAUCCAAUGGAUGUGUGUCAAAAAUCUUAGGAAGGUAUUACGAAACCGGUUCUAUCAGGCCCAGAGCGAUUGGUGGUUCGAAGCCCAGGGUAGCAACAGCUGAAGUGGUGUCUAAGAUAUCUCAAUAUAAACGCGAAUGUCCGUCUAUAUUCGCUUGGGAAAUUCGCGAUCGACUGCUCCAAGAAGGCGUGUGUUCCAAUGACAACAUACCUAGCGUGUCUUCGAUCAACCGCGUGUUACGCAAUUUGGCGGCGCAAAAGGACCAGCAAACACCGGCGUCCGUGUCGCCAACUUGCAGCAGCACGGACGCCGUGUACGACAAGCUGAGACUGUUGAACGGUCAAGCGGCGGCGGCCGGCACAUGGCCUAGACCCAAUCCUUGGUAUCCACCAGCAUCUGGCGAUAACCCGUUCGGUCCGCUACAAUCGACCGGCCGCCUGAGUCCGAAUGCCGCCAACUGUACCGUCUUGCCCGACAUACUCGACAAAAAAGUUUUAGACUUGGACGGAGGUAUGGGAUCUGACGAAACGUGCACGUCCAUCGGAGAUAACUCCAACCACGACGGUUCUUUGAUUGGUGGAGCCACCGGAUCGGCCAACGACGACGACCAAGCGCGACUCAGGCUAAAGAGAAAACUGCAAAGAAACCGUACGUCGUUCACCAACGAUCAGAUAGAUAGUUUGGAAAAAGAAUUCGAACGGACACAUUAUCCAGAUGUAUUCGCUAGAGAGAGACUCGCAGGGAAAAUCGGAUUGCCAGAAGCAAGAAUACAAGUAUGGUUUUCGAACCGCCGGGCUAAGUGGCGACGAGAAGAAAAACUUCGCACCCAACGGCGUCCAAACUCUAAUCAAAAUCAAUCGAUGGACCCGCAAAAUCAACAACAGCAGCAGCAACAGCAACAGCAGCAACAACAACAAACAUCUCCAAAUAGGAUGAAUGGUUUUGCAAACAAUCCAGAUACCAAUCCAAAUAUGUACACAACUAUCGGCAACCACGACACGUUCAGUCCGAUGACGAUGAAUUUCGGUAUGCCCGGCGGCAACAACGAGAACGGUCUGUCACUGCCAAUCAUGGGCGGCCACCACGCCAUGGCCGGCGGCGGCGGAGGUGACCAGCGUGAUGCGUACGGCUGCAUGUCGAGGCCGACGUACGACACGUCGCCACCRCUGGCCAUUGGCGCACCCGGCUACCUGAGGCCACCCGUGUCACCUACGUCCAACAACAGUAGUCCGCCGACUCAUCACGCGGCCGCUGCUUACCAUCACCAUCCACCGCCCAUCAACGGACACCAUCCGCACCACCACGCGCACCACCAAUACAACAUGAACGGCUCAAACUCCACAGGUCUCAUAUCGCCCGGAGUUUCGGUGCCUAUCGCCGUACCUGGACACACGGCCGACCUGUCAUCGCAAUACUGGCCACGCUUGCAGUGACAUCAGCUUGUCAAAAUAUAACAACAACGACAAUAAUUAGGUUAUCAGACACGCGUACACGAUUAAUAUCAAUAAUUAUGUCAACGUUUCGGGCGUGUAUGUGGAAGCUGUGGACGCAAUUCUCGACGAACCGAUAAAAUUAUCGUAUUAGUUACGUAUUGUAAUAUAUUAUUACUUGGUAUAAUUACUGAGUAAUAUUAUGAUUUAUAUAACACAUUAGACGUACCACGUACCUACCAACACGAACGAUGUUAGACAAAUAGGAUGAGGUACAUAUUUAAAUAUUUAUAAUAUGUAAUUAUAAUUAACACUUAUUAACAUAAUAUUAGUAAUAUCAUUAUU